AGGCGCGGUCAGGGCCGGCGCUCGGUGGACCAAGGGCGGAGGCAGGCAGCAGGAGGGAGGAGUCAAUCUGCCGCCGGCCGCACGAUACACGGGCUCAUCGCUCACUCGCACACCGGGACAUCAUGACGGAGAACGGCAGCGGGGGCGGCUUGGACUCGGAGCCGAAUGGCGGGCUGUGCUGCGGCUCGGAGCCAGGCGACGAGCUCUGGCGGCGGCUGAGGAAGGCCGAGCCGCCCAACAAAGUGACGGUGGUGCUGGGCGCGCAGUGGGGGGACGAAGGCAAGGGCAAGGUGGUGGAUCUGCUGGCGCAGGAUGCCGACAUGGUGUGCAGGUGCCAGGGAGGAAACAAUGCUGGCCACACAGUGGUAGUGGAUUCUGUUGAAUAUGACUUCCAUCUUUUACCUAGUGGAAUCAUCAAUCCCAAUGUCAUUGCUUUCAUUGGUAAUGGCGUAGUUGUUCAUCUGCCAGGUCUCUUUGAAGAAGCUGCAAAAAAUGCAAAGAAAGGGAAAGGUCUUGAAGGUUGGGAGGAUAGAUUAAUCAUUUCAGACAGAGCACAUAUUGUAUUUGAUUUCCACCAAGCUGCUGAUGGUGCUCAAGAACAACAAAGGCAACAGCAAGCUGGAAAAAACUUGGGCACCACGAAGAAGGGAAUUGGACCGGUGUAUUCUUCAAAAGCAGCUCGGAGUGGGCUCAGGAUAUGUGAUCUCCUGACUGACUUUGAUGAUUUUUCUGAAAGGUUUAAAGUAUUGGCUAAUCAGCACAUGUCAAUGUACCCUACUCUGGAUGUUGACAUAGAUGGGGAACUGGAGAGACUCAAGGGCUACGUGGAGAGAAUCAAACCGAUGGUAAGGGAUGGUGUCUAUUUCAUGUAUAAAGCCUUACAUGGUCCUGAAAAGAAGAUUUUGGUCGAAGGAGCAAAUGCAGCCCUUCUGGAUAUCGAUUUUGGUACUUACCCUUUUGUGACUUCAUCGAACUGCACAGUGGGUGGUGUGUGUACAGGACUAGGAAUCCCUCCUCAGAAUGUUGGAGAAGUGUAUGGAGUGAUGAAAGCUUACACCACAAGGGUUGGAAUUGGUGCUUUCCCCACAGAACAAAACAAUGAUAUUGGUGAAUUGCUGCAGACACGUGGUUCGGAAGUGGGUGUCAGCACAGGUAGAAAGAGGAGGUGUGGCUGGUUGGAUCUUGUUUUGCUGAAAUAUGCUCACAUGAUAAAUGGAUUUACUGCUUUAGCACUUACCAAACUGGACAUCCUUGAUGUACUCACAGAGAUUAAAGUUGGUGUGGCUUAUAAAGUCGAUGAGAAAGUAAUACCACACUUUCCAGCUAACCAAGAGGUCUUGAACAAGGUGAAAGUUCAGUAUGUAUCCCUGCCUGGUUGGAACACCAGCAUAGCCAAAUCCAGAACAUUUGAAGAUUUGCCUGCAAAUGCCAAGAGCUAUGUCCGAUUUAUUGAAGGACACCUAGGGGUGCCUGUUAAAUGGAUCGGGAUCGGCAAAUCAAGAGAGUUGAUGAUCCAGCUGUUUUAGGUUUGCUGGUGCCAAGAAGAGUCUGUUAUCACCAGAAUGGACUUCGGCAAGUUGAAAUCUGGACAUGUUCGGUCUUCAAAUACCAGUAUUGUUUGUAUCUGGCAGAAAUGUAGGAAAUUACUGUUUUUGUAAGGGCGGAAGAAAUGAGGGGAAGAAAGGAUGUUUUUAAAAGCAACGUGAAAAUGGCAUUCAAAAAAUUUUAAUUUCAUUUUAUUCAGGGAUAGGUUAAAUGCUGCUGUCACAAAGUGUUCAGAAUCCAUUGCAUUUGCAUUGAGAUUUGGUAUAACUGGCACUUGUUUAAUUAUUAAAUCAAUGUUGGUGGGGGGUUUUUUCAAGAGUUGCUCUGAAUUGGGCAAUAUUUUUAAUUAAGUUGGUAACUUUGAAAAUAAAACAAAAUGAAAAAUUCUCCCCUGCACUUCGGAAGAAUACAUUGGCUGGUGGUUUUUUCCCAUACUAAAUUGGAAAUUAUUUCUUUGACGUUUCUAAAUUGAUAAUGAUGGGGGCAUUUUGUGACGCCAACGAAGGCCGUGGUUGAUACGAAUCCCUACAUUUCUCUUGGAGUUGUCACCUGGUUUAGGUUAUGUCUCUUAUGCCUUUAAGUAGACAGAAUCAUUUCAUCUUCUUCUUCUUGCGUAUGCCUAAAGUUGUAGGACAACUUGUUCUAUAUGAUCUUAUUUGAUUUUGCAUUCGUUGAAACAGGGUGAAGGUUGCAAUCUUCCACCCCAUUUCAUUUCAUGGACUCUCAGGAGGCAGUGGUUGAGGAAUUCCUGGUAGCAGACAAAAGGGAGAUGCUUGUAAUUACCACAGGACAUGCCCUUUUCUUGACGAUGGUCAUGAUGAUGGCAUUCCUGAAGUUGUAUCGUGCGUUCUCCCAGAAUUUAGAAAUGGGGUAAUGAAUUAUGAUCAAUUUUCCCGUCCUCCAAAUUUUAAAGUUUUAACAAGGAUGCUGUCAACUUCCAUAACCUAAGAGAUUCUCAGUCGGGAUGUGGUCUUUUGGGUUUCUUGUCAGCCUGGAUCACAGUGAGAUUGAACUGGAUAUGUUGCUGUGGAAUGUAGGGAAAAAGGUCAUCCAGUUAAAGGCAGAUUUACUGUUGAGUUCUUUGAAGUGUUCCGUCAGAUAGGUGCUGACUGUCUCUGCCCUUGAUAUGAUUGACUUUUUGGUGGGGUGGUCCUUUGGGCAUUACAGGCUGUAGAUGGCCUUGAUAUCCUUGAAAUUGUAUGUUUAUCAGUGAGUUUCCACUCGCCAUCUGUCUUCCAAUUCAUAGGUUGUCUGCUAGACUUCUGCAUUCACGUGCCAAUGGAGCCGUUUCUUUUCCCUCGAGCCAUGAUGGUACCUCCAAUCCAUCAUGUUUAAUGUUACUUAGAUCCUGUAUACCUUGGUUGUUCUUAGUUGUCUUUUAUGGUAUGGAAGGCCUAUGAGUGCUAUUGGUGCACAGGUGGCACCAAUGUUUCAUGCAAAAGCAUCCAAAUCCAUUGGCCAGACAAGUGAGCCAAUGCCACUCCUCUCACAGAGCAACGUCCUUUAAAAAAAAAAGGGGGUUAUCGUGGGCAAGUCUUGUUAUCCCCGUGUCUGGCACCACAUUCCCAAUACAGGCACUCUAUUCCAAGUACUAUCCUGGCAAGAGAUUACUGUGUGGAUAAAGGAAGACAUUCAAGGAUCUUCUCAAUGCAUCAUUGGAAAAGGUGUAACAUCCCCUGGAAUUGUGGUAAUCCCUGGUCCGUGAUCACUCAGAAUAGAGAAUCUCACCUACAUUUAUCUGGAGUUAUACAUAAAUAAUGGGAAUAGUGCAUAAAGUAUCUAACCACCCAGCUAUGGAGAGAAGGAAUGAAAGUAAGUCAUCCUUAAUUCGGAAGGACUUCCCUAGAAAAAUAUGAUUCUUUUACAGUAUUUUUGCACUAUUGACAGGACAAAAUUCCAUGAGAUUUUAUUGUGGGGUAUGCUGCAAACUUACAUUUGGUACAAAUGACAAUAAUUGCGAUUAGUUUUUAGACUGUGUGCUAUGCAUGACCUUGUGCAUGAGAGUGUUAAUAUAUAUGUGAACAGUGGGAUUGUGUGCUUGUCACAAGCAAAUCCUUCCUAUAAUUCAUGCUCGUGAAUCAUAAGACAGAAGAAAAAAAAUCAUUUUCGCAAAAACUCUUCAGUUCUCUUUGGGUGUGACCUGGGACAUCAUACUUUGAGUCUUUGGCCCUCAUGAGAGAGAUUUAAUUUCAUUGUUAUACUGCUGUUAUUAACAGAUGUUGCUGAAUAGAGUGCUGCAUGCCAUUGAAAUGUAUUGACAUUAAUGAUAAAGGGUGAAUGAAUGUAGCAUUAACUGAAUGGUAGACAGCAUUUAACUAUUGCAAACAAUGACUAGAAUUCAAACUACUAAGUACUGGGAAUUUCAAAAUGUGGGUAAAACUGUUGUUUUAAUAUUUAAUAUCAAAAACGUUGAUAUUUAAUAGUUUAAUAUUUAAUAACAAAAGCUGUUCACUGUACCUCGGUACAUGUGACAAUAAACUAAACAGAACUGAACUAAUAUUUAAGCUUGUCGAAGAGAUAUUAACGAAACGUGAUUCAUUAGAAAAGACAAAUAAUUUGUUUUCUGCACAAAGAUGUGGUACUUUCAUUAGUAAGAAUUGGAAGCUUGUUUGAUCCCUGUGAGAGACUCAAAUCUAGAGGAAGAAGGCAAAACGUACUUUAAUUCAUUGCAGAGUUUAAGAGAUAAAACCAUGGCAAUUCAACAUCACUAGUCACAGAAUUUUCCAGUGUUUUCCUAAUUUGUGAAAUGUAUAUUUUUUAAAUGAAAAAUCACUGGCAACAGUAGAAUGAUUGAAUGUAUUUUAAAAAUCACAGUGUAAACUGGUCUCUUCAAACUGAUUUGCUUUCUUGGCUCGUGUAGUUUGUUGCUGUACUGAAGCUCUUCAGGAUUGAACUCCAAGAGCUCAAUUAAAAUCCCCAAAUUUUGCAGUCCAUUGUCCAUGUGUGGCUCUGUUUUCCAUACAUUUUCUCCAAGCUUUUCAUGCUGCUUUUCUGUGUUCCUCUUAUGGAUUCGGUUUUCAGUUGUGUAUUCCAUGUUUUAAGGGGCCUCCUUUGUAUAUUUAAACACUAAAUUACAGAAUUUUAACCUCGCCCAACACAGGAAUUCUUCUAAAGGAGCAUUUCAGUGCUGUCUGUACCUCUGCAUUUAUUCAGCAAGCAAGUAUCCCAAAGCUGAGAAAGAUCAGUGUCAAGAUUUUUUAAGCAACCGUGAGCUGUCCAUAUCAGCAUGUAUAGUAAUUAAAAAACAUUUAAACUUCUUGUGAAACCCAACACCUGUGCAUGUUCUUAGUUUUUUUUAAAGUAAAGGUAUUAUGGAAAUUUCCAUUUGCUCACUCCAACAGGUUUAUUCUAAUACCAUGCAUUUUUGCAGACUUUUUGCCAUGCUAACUAUUGUUCUAAAAUUUUUUUUCCAAUAUUUCUGCCUGCUGAUGUUCAGUGGAAGAAUAUGACAAACUGCACUGUAAAUAUUUAACAUGAUGUGCAGGGUAUUUUUCCUGGGUUGGUGUCAUUUACAAUGAAUAUUCAUGUACAAUGCACACAGAUGAGUAACGUAUAUGUACAGGCUGUAUGUGUUUUACUUUGUAAAUUAUGCAACUGUUCUCUUUUUAAACAUAUAACUAUUGAAACUCUGGGUGGGCUGUUAAGAACAUAACUACAGAAAAUAAAUUCUGAAAUGUAAA